GAAAGAGCGUGCGAAAGUUCUGCUGCCGGCGCGCCACGUGCCUUUGCGCGUGCUUCGGAGAAAGGGUCGGCGUGUGGGGCGGCUAGCCGACCACGGUCGUAGUAAGUCAUCCCCGUUAAUCAUGGAACCCGCCUGCUUCCUCUCGCCUCAUCCGUUCGGCGAAAAUAUUAUGGCCUCGGAUCUGUACAAGCCUUCGCCGCCUACGCUCCUUUCGCCCAAAUCUGACCGUACCGAGCAGCCGAAAGCGGCCGAAACUACCCGGAUCAUCAGCGACCCGGUCACGGGCAGAUCAUACAGCAGGGGCCGCCUGCUUGGAAAGGGGGGAUUUGCAAGAUGCUAUGAAGUGACAGACCUCUCAAGCAACAAGACCUAUGCAGUGAAAGUCAUUCCCCACAGCAGAGUGGCAAAGCCACACCAACGGGAGAAGAUAAUCAAUGAAAUUGAAUUGCACAGAGACUUGCAUCACAAACACAUUGUGAAGUUCUCACAUCAUUUUGAAGAUUCGGACAACAUCUAUAUCUUUCUUGAACACUGCAGCAGGAAAUCUUUGGCACACAUCUGGAAAUCCAGACACACUCUUCUAGAGCCAGAGGUUCGGUAUUACCUCAAGCAAAUCAUCUCUGCCUUGAAGUACCUCCAUCUCAAAGGCAUCCUGCACAGGGACCUAAAAUUAGGUAACUUUUUCAUCAAUGAAAACAUGGAACUCAAAGUGGGAGACUUUGGUUUGGCUGCCCUACAGGAGCCUGUGGACCAGAGGAAAAAGACUAUCUGUGGAACCCCCAACUACCUUGCCCCAGAAGUGCUACUACGCCAAGGUCAUGGGCCAGAGUCCGAUGUGUGGUCUUUGGGUUGUGUCAUGUACACAUUGCUGUGUGGAAGUCCCCCUUUUGAGACUUCUGAUCUCAAAGAGACCUACAGGUGUAUCAAACAUGUCACAUACACACUCCCAGCAUUCCUUUCCAUGUCAGCGAAGAACCUGCUUAUGGGCAUCUUGAAACGCAACCCCCAGGAACGCUUCACACUGGAGGAGAUCUUGGACCACGAAUUCUUCACUAAAGGGUAUACACCUGAUAAACUUCCAACCAGCAGCUGUAUCAUGGUGCCAGAACUUACUCCCCCCAACCCUGCCAAGAGCCUCUUUGUAAAAGUAACAAAGACACUUUUUGGGAGACGAAAGCCCAAAGUUAAGAAAGCUCCCUCUGAAGAGAGAGAUGACAUUUCCAAGCUGGUAACAGGCCUAGUGAAAACUUCCAUCUGUAGACAACUGAGCCAUAAAACUGUGGAAGGGAAUGAGGUCACCCCACUGAGUGGUCAGAGUCCCAACUCUAGCCCAGCAGAGACUGUAGGAGAGGAGGGCUCGCAGAAGUCGAUCUCCAGAUCCAUUCGUGGGACAAUGGCUAGUAGCUGUGAAGCAUUUGAAGACUGUGCCACAGCAUCAGUUAUCAUUGAAUCUGCUAUUCAGCUCCUGAAGAACUGCCUCUCUGUCAUGCCAACAGCUGAGAUGAAUCCUGCUUCUCUGGCCUGCCAUGAGCAUUUUGUUUGGGUGAGCAAGUGGGUGGACUAUUCCAAUAAGUAUGGCUUUGGCUAUCAGCUCUCCAACCGUAGCAUUGGUGUCCUCUUCAAUGACGGAACUCACAUGACCCUCUCUGCUAACUGGAAGAAAAUACGUUACAACCUGACAAACAGUAAGCAUUUUUCCUUCCUGGCUUCAGCAGUUCCUGAACAGCUGCAGCGGCAGAUGGGUGUCCUGCAGUAUUUUGCUUCAUACAUGGAGCAGCAUCUCAUGAAGGGAGGAGACUUGCCCAGCAUAGAUGAGACUGGGCAGCUGCCACUGCUCCUCCUGCAGUGGGUGAAGACUAAUCAGGCCUUACUGAUGCUCUUCAGCAAUGGAACUGUGCAAGUUAAUUUCUACCAUGACCAUACCAAGGUGAUCUUGAGCAAACCUGACCAGUCCUGCCUCCUCACCUACAUAAACCGUGACAGGAAUUCCUAUACCUAUAAGCUCAGCAGCAUUGCAGAACUUGGCUGCUCACCUGAACUUCAACAUCGUCUCAAGUAUAUUCUAAAGCUGCUACAACAACGAGCAGAUGCCUAAAGCUAUAGGGUAGAUUCUUGGAACUUUCUGUUCUUCCACAAAGUGCUGUGUUAAUAGAGGAGACAGUAAUUCAGGGUACCAGGAUUCUUCCUUCAUGAAUGUUUAAUCUUCCAGAAGGGAAAAUUUCCAGGCCAAGACUACACACAUGUAUCUCCAACCUGCUCUUCAGGACCCAUCAACCUCUGGAUGCCUACCACGAACUUCCUCUUGUAUCUUUAUUUUUCCCCAAAGGGAGGAUUUAUUAUUUACUUUGACAUGGCUGCUCCAGUCCACAGUGGAGAGGCAGUGUAGAGAUAGAUGCCUUAGGUGUUACUCCUCUGUGAUCAUUGCACAGUUGGUUUUGCACAUGGUGUUCCUGGGAGGGAAAUGGGAGGAAGGAGAACCUGUGUACUCUUUACUCAGGAUGACAACAGCACUGGAUAAGUAGGCAGGGUAGGCAAUUGCUACUUUAAUUUAAAAGAUGUUUUCUGGAGUUUUUGUCCAGUAUCAAAUACCAAAUGGUUUUGCAAUCCAGGGCCUGAUGUAUAAGAAGAGCUUGAGUUCAGUCCAUGGAUUAAGCAGUCUUGGUCACAAACCAUUUCAGGCCCUUGACAUGCUACUGCUUUCUGCUCAUGGACUUAAUUGUGUUGCUUGGAGUUGUACCACUCACCAUUUCUUACUUGGCUCUGAUUCAUGGACCAAAUAAGAAUGCUAUGAAUGGGAAGUGGCUACUCUGUCUGGGGAAGAAGUAAGUCCUAUGCAACAAAGAGGCUGUAGCAUAGGUGACUUCUCUGCCAGGGAGCCAAGUAAAUGACUUCUCCAUUUCAGUCGUAAUCUAGAAGCCAAGAGGCAGGGAAGCAGGUAACGGGAUAGUAGCUGGUGGUCUCCUGGUGUUGGAAGGAGGCAACUGCCACAACUUGAAAUCUUGAGGGAGGAGUUGGGCUUAAGAUAGCUGAAUCUUCAGCCUGAAACAGGGAUCAAUUCAAGGUUCUAGUGCUUCUGCUAAGCACUUGAGCCAGUGAAGGUACGUGUUGGGUAAUAGAACUGUUACACUAAUUAGGCAAAUGGGACUUCCUUUUUGCUGAAACUAUGAAUGCCCAGUUUGCCUCAGUUCCUUAGCUGCUUUCAUUCCAAGAUGCAGCAGAAGGAUUCUCUAAAUCUGCUGUGGUACAGACUUGAACAGCUUCAGUGCAAGCUGCCCACUUGACGUUUUGAACUUGACCAACUGUUCAGCUGUGGAGCCUAAUGGUGUGAAGAUUUAUUUAUGUAUUUAUAUGAAAUAUUUAUUUUGCACCCAUGUCCUGUUGAUCACGCACAACGUAUCUCCCCACACCCAGCAGUCUGAUUACAAUAAACUCUGUUUUACUUUUAAAAAGAG